GUGAAAGCAGUUUCGGCUGUAAUGCUUUUGCAAGGAGGUACAUGUAGCGCUGUGGAACACGACUUUUGCGCUGGGAAUACUGCUAGAUUUAUAACAAUCUGAAUCUGAGAAUGGCUAAACUUGACCGGUUGCCUGUCAUAGAAGAACGGGAAAUUCAGAGUUUGACUUUGACAGCGACUAGCGCAGGGGCUUGUCUGCGGGGUCGUUACAGUUGGAGUGGUCGACGUGUGGCUGUCAAACUGCUGCCGAAUCUACUCUCUCACAGGGAAGGUUGGGGGAAGCAGGAGCAGGUCAAACCACAGCCACACCACCGCCAUGUCUAUUCUGAGAGACUCUUGGUUCCUCUUGGCCUGUACCGGACCCGGCUUCUGUCAAGUGUUGUCUGGGAAUGGAUGGCCGAGGGAUCACUGCAUUCACUCCUAAGUGAGAAAAAGCUGCACUCCAAAGUCCCGACGUGUCUUGGUCUGCGUAUCCUGCUGGAUGUAGCGGAGGGCCUGUCCUACCUGCACUCCAUGCCUCUCCCUCACCUGGCUCUCACUGCCACUCAUGUCCUCUUCGACCAACACUACCGUGCUAAGCUGUCUGACUGGGGGGUGUCAGAGCUGUACCCGAGUGAGAGGCCCUGUCCCUGUUACAGGAACCUGCCCUAUGUGGCCUCAGAAGCACUCGAAGGGGACAAGUGCUCCCUGAAGACCGACAUGUACAGUUUUGGUGUCCUUUCCUGGGAGACGUUGAACAGACGACAGGCCUCUGAAGAUUUUGCACAGCUGCAGAUGUUGUGUGGCAGAGAGCAGUGUUUGGAGCAGGGAUCAGAAGAACACGCUGUGCUGCCAGCUGACACGCCGAAUGGUCACGCCCUCACUGGACUCAUCCUGAGAUGCUGGAACACUGACCCACACAGGCGGCCAUCUGCAGAAGACUGUAUCCUGGAGCUGACGAAAGCCUUGUCAACCUUUGACCCUGAGGCCCCAACCAAAGCUGCCCUCAACCUGAAGAAGUUUAAGGAGGGGGCGUCAUUGAGCUGUAAAGACUCACCAGCCUGGGAAAUUCCCAUUGAGUUGAACAACCUUGAGAUGAACUUCAGUGAUAACAAGUGUAUGCGUUCCAAGACGUUGCCAAUGGAUAUUCCACGCACUACCAGUCCUCAGACCCCAACACAUGUAGGAUACUGCACCCGUAGCAACAGCUCUCCUCUCCAGCCCUCACCACCACGAACUGGACACCCAGUCAGCUCCAGUCCAGGUGGUGUUGACCAGACCUCCCCUGGUUCAGGACAUUCUGGCCACCACAGCUACCACAGCAGGUCCACGCUUCAGUGUUCUCCUGGCAGAGCAUGGGCCGUGUCUGCCCAACGCCACAGUCAACCCUCACCACCUUCAAAAAGCCCUUCUCCUCCUCCUCCUCCAAAGACUCUUACUCCUCCUUCAAAGAGUCCUCCUACUGCUCCUUUGAAGAGCCCUUCUCCUUCCGGAUCCAACUCUAAUCUGACACAGCUCACACAUUCCCAGUCCAGAUCUAGGAAUCAAGACCAGAGUGACUGCUCCCCUGCCCCGCGGCGUCUGAGCUGCCUGCUGCUGCUUCAGGAGCGGCGCGAGCUGAUCGUGCGCGGCAUGACGGAGGGCCGCCUGAACCACCUGCUGGACGUGUUGCGGUCGCGCGGGGUGCUGAGCUGCGAGGCCUACGAGAUCAUCACGGCCACCGCCACCCUGGCCGCGCGCACCCGCUCCCUGCUGGACACCUGUCACUGCCUCGGGGAGAAGGUCGCCGCCCUGGUGGCCGUGACGCUGGGGCUGGUUAGCGUCAGAAGCAGUAGCACCACCACCACCACUAGCUCAACCAGAGGAAACACUACACUGGCUCAUUGAUAUGACUUUUGGGGCUGGUUAGUGUCAUCACUUUGUGUCACUGUUCUUGGGGCUCGCUAACACUAGCACCACCACAACUUACUCAACCAGAGGGAGCAACCAGCUGGCUCAAUAAACUUGACUGCAAGGCUGGUUAGCAGCACCAAGACCGUACCUGGGACAGAGUGCGGCGGUCUAAUAGUUAGUAAAAUGGUCCUGCUUGUGAUCGCAAGCACUAUCACCACCACCAUGACAAUUGUUUUCUCCAUAGAGAUGAUGAUGAACCAUGAACCAUGAUCUAUGGUUCUAUGGACCACCAGUGCAAUCGGUGACUGUGACCAGGGCUGCUGACAGCUUUUUCUGGGCCCAGGAGGACAAAGCCAUCUGAAGCCCCCCCCCCUCCAAUACAUACAGUGUGUAAUGGCCCCUUUACCUCCCUCUGGGCUUCCCUGGCUGUGAUUGGGAUUAAUUAGACCCAGCAGAACAAGCACCAUCACAAGUGCUUCCUCCAGAGAGAAUAAUCCACUAACUCAUUGACCCAUACAUGCAUGUGUGUGUGAUGACAAUCCCUAUAUGUUACCGUCAUGUGGGAUAUGAAAAGUUGGUGAUGGCUGGGACUCUGGGGCUAGUCGGUCCCACCUUCACCAGCACAACUAACUCCACCAGAGGUAACAGUCAGCUUUCCCGCUGAUCUAUGGAACUGGGUGCAUGUAAUCACAACUGUCUGCAUGCAUUUUUUACUGCAUCAUUUGAUUAAUACAAUAAAGACAAGUUUAGAAUUAUGCAAAGACAGAGCAAUUCACUUGCAUGUCUAUGACCCCUGCACAAACGUUAUGUGUCGGCAUAUCAAAGCAACAGGCUGGCUGUGUUAUGGUGUGGUAUGUGAAUUGUAAAUGUUUUGUUGUUGUUGUCUACGAAAUAAGCUUUGCUAAAUAUUCCAGCGAGUUAUGUUGAUGCUAGCUUGUCAAAGUUUUGAUGUAUUUCUAUUACUUCUUUAUUUUAUUUUUUGACAGCCAAAAAAAAAAAAGAAAAACGUGCAAACAAUUCCUUAUUAAUGAAAACCUCAAGGGGAAGCUCUUUUCUUCACUGUUUAAGAACUACCAUGUCAGCUUUAUAUUUCUGAACAAUUUUGGCAAAUAUGUUUUUCUUUUUAAAUGCUGAAUGCUUACAGUAACACACCCUUCUUUAUCAUUUAACUAAUCCAUGGCUGCUUAUUUGCAAUACUAAUGGUGCAAAAGUAUAGUUUUACACAUUUGAUAAAAGUGUCAAGAACUGUUCUCAUGUUUUGGCUGGCUUACCAACAACAACAACAUUAUAUCAGAUCUUUGUAUUAUUCACAGAAAAUGAAAAAGUCAACAGUAUGCUGUAUUGAAACUUUGUAAAUUGCUCCUGAUAGCAUUUGUUUUCAAUAAUAUGACACUUAAUCGUACACCUAACACUGCUGGUGUCAGACAGGGAAGUAUUUAAUCAGUGAAGGUGUUAAAAACCCUUUUAUGUUUGUAAGCACAAUGUAAGUGAAACCCAAUGCAUUUGGAAGCUGGGCGGUGUGUUUGUGGGCGGUGGGCUGAGUGAUGUAUCACUUUGUUAUCACCUGAUUAACUGUUGAUGGAGUCAAUAGAAGCCAUGGAGACAUCUCACAUCAACUCAGUUAUGGAAUGGCUCCUGCCAGAUUGACAGAUCAACUAUCAGAUCUGCAAGUAGUUUUUAUAAAACAGUAUUUUUUGAAAGCUGACCAUUCUAUGCUUCUGUAUAAUGGUAAAGUCUGAUUUGAAUUGUUUUUUGUUAUUAUUAUGGAAACAAUGUUUUUUGUUGUGAGCUAGAGUGAUGAUGUAUCUUGUAACAAGAGAUUGGAUCAAGCCUAUUUUAUGUGUAUAUGUUUGUGCAAUGUUUGUACAAUGAUGACAAGGCAUUAACACAUGUUGCCUAUUUUUACAA